AUGCGUGGCGUACCUGCCCAUGGCGGGGUGUGCGGUGGCGGCACUUCCGCCGGCCGCGACGCGCAGUCCGAUUCCAGCCGUGACGAGAAGUCUAAAAAAGCCGCCACUGUGAACUUCGGAGGCGCUGACGGCAAGGUGCUAACGUUCGUAGUAGCGUCUACUGAGGGUGUCGCUUCGCAAGCCGAUGAAAGCGCUCCUACUUGGAAGCGUCUAUGGAAAAGGAAGGCGGCGCCUUCUACAACCGACAAGGCAGAUUCGGACCCACACAUUACACCCGAUACUGUGGCAGAUGUAAAAGAAUCUGAUGAGAAGGCCGGUCCAUCCAACGCGGAUGACAGCGUCGAUGGAGGACCUACCAAAAGAGCCAAACAGGCUCCUACAACUAUCGCACAACCUCCUGCAACGGCUAAAACGGAUACUGAAUUGUCGUCGUCAGAUGAUUACUUCAAGAAGGAGGACGAGUUUAUGCUGCGGCAGGAACUCGAGAAGUCUAAGCUACGUGUCAAGGACGGUCGAGGAACCGAGCUGGACAACCUGUUAGUAUCAGGCACACCCGUCACAUCGGUUGUUGAUCUGUUUGACGGUGACGAUCACGCUACGUUGCUACAACACCUGGAGCUCCUCAAGGCGCACAUGCAUUUCUGUGAAGAUGACAACAAGCGUUCACUUAUAAAGGCCUUGGAAACCAUCGUAAAUAGCCGUCUUCUUGGCGAUGUCGCUGGCGAAGUGAGCGAGUCUGUGUCAUCGAAGAUAAAUUCGAUCCUGUCUACAAAGAGCGUGUCGGAGUUGGAAGGUUACGAGAGUGAGAUAAAAAAGAAGAUGACCUCUGACGAUGUGGUGGACACAAACUUUUGGGAGGCUGUGCUCUCCAGAAUUCCUUUCUUUAAGGCUUGUUGUGUAGUGCGUGAAUACAACAACGGAACGCCGGCAGAAAACGUUGCCAAUAGCAACGUGAAACCUGUGACUCCGAAGGCACCUGCUUCCCGUGCAGAUGGAUCAGCGCGUGUUGUCGCGGAUCCCAAGUACGAACGGUUCAUGAAAUCUUUGAAGCUGGAGACUGACGAGCACAUAUUAACUGAGGAUGUGCCUUAUGGCAACAGUUCUGGCCAGAAACCGCGAUUCGCAGCGCGUGUUACGUUGAGUUACGAGUGGAGCAGCUACAACUUAAGCCAUUUCGACCCUAACAACCCCCCUCCUAAGAGCGUGCAGGGAUUCAAGUUCAGCAUAUUCUUCAGCAAAUUGGAGAACCCGCGCGCCGUUCCGCAGUGGAAGCUGGCGAAGGACGGUACCAGCACCGACACGUGUCUGCUGGUGUUCAAGGGCGGCAGACCGUACGCUCCUGUCGCCUUUCGCAUCCCGGCCCGGGAGUGGGACACCGAUCCGUCGCGUGGUUUCAAGAAUUGCUUCAGUGAGGGUGUGCUGCACCUAUAUUUCAACUUCCGAAGGCUGGUUUACCGGCGGUAA